AGUGUCGUUUUUAAUGUUUGGACGUUGACAGUUCCUUUAUAGUUUCUCCAAUGAAAACAAAAGUUUUGCAAAUCAGAGAAGAAAAUCUGCGAGAUGAUUCGCUCAAAAGAUAUUUUAAAGUUGUAUAUUGAGUGAAGUCUCAGAACAUUUUCGUCACAGUUCCACGGAGAACUUCGGAGAGUCAACAACUGAAAACAAGAAAAAUAAAUAACAAAACGCGAUUCUUAAUUUAAGUAAAUUUAUUGUCUUUCUAUUUUGGAAUUUCCCUUUACGAUCGUCUUUGUUAUUUCAUUGCUAAAGUGUCAAAAAUCAAGGAUCAAAAUUAAUAAAUAAAAAAAAUAAAAAAAAGAAACGAAAAAAUUUAUCAAGUGAGCGAAAAAAAAAGAUGUAAAACAACUUGUAGCUAAUUAAAAAAAACUAAGAAACGAUUUUUGUUGAAAAACAACAUUGAGUCGCGAAGAAGAGAAGGAGAAAAACUGGUUUAUCAGAAUACCGCCCCGAAAACGUUCUUUUGUGCUAAAAGAGUCGUGUGUGUGAUUAGCGAUAGAACAAUCGAGUGAGCAUUAAGAUUUCUUGAAAUUUAAAGAGUUGAAAGAUUUGUUUAAAAUUGACCACAAGUUAUCAACAUGAUUGCAAGAAAAUUAACGGGAAUACUUUGGAUUGUCGUAAUCUUCUACCCAAUGCUGACAAUGUGCCAAUCGCGGGGUGAAACUGGAGUCCGUGGACCGUUAGUAUAUAAUAAAUUAAAAGAAGUCAUAAAAACUCAAAAUCGUCAGCGGUCACAGUAUCAGUAUCAGAGUCAAUCACAACCUCAUUUGCCGCCACCCCCACCAUUCAUUCAGCAGCAGAAUUCACAGCAUGAAGUUCCAUCGCCUUACGUUGCCCCGCAUAUACCUUUCCCCCUUCCCCCACCUCCCCCAAACUCCGAACAUAAUUUUCAAAACGAUCAAAUUCAUCAAAACUCCAAUCUUGACUCUAGAUAUGAAGAGCGACCACCACAAAGUACCGGUGUCAGUGAUGGAUUCUCGACAAGACCUCCAAGGCCUACUAAACGUCCUAUUACGACACAUCGACCGCCAGUACUUUUAGACACUCGCUUUGACGAUCGUGGAAGUUCAGCGGUUAGAAAGACGCUGUUAUUUGAUGCCCAAAUUUCUGAAGCAAUGGAAACUUUUGCUUUGACACUCCUGCAAUAUUUCAGUGUUCAACUGUCAACGACUAACUUUAUGAUUUCACCAUUUUCGAUCUACCAUCUCUUAGUGUUGAUAGCUGAGGGUUCAAGUGGUAGCACAUAUCAAGAAUUAAACAGCAAAUUGAAUUUAAUUGAUUUGUCUAGAACACGGGAUUUCCAGCAAUAUUUGAAUUUGGCAUUAGAACAAAACACAGCCGACGUUGUUCUUGAGAAGUUUGCAAUGCUUGUCACUGAUCAAAAUCGUCCAAUAAAGCCAGAUUAUGAGAAAUUGAUUGAAAAGGUUUAUGAUGCUGUAGUUGAACCAGUGAAUUUCUCAGAAGUUGAUGUGACAACUAAGAAAAUUAACGCUUUUGUUAGUAAUUUGACUCAUGGAUUAAUUACAGAGACAGUCAUCCGUGAAGAUCUAUUUAAGGCACAACUUCUUUUACUGUCAGGACUUUAUUUCCAAGGUAAAUGGAUGAAUGUCUUCAACCAAAGCUUCACAAAAACUGAACCUUUUUAUGACUCAAAUGGAAAUCAACUCGGUUUCGUCAAUAUGAUGUUCCAAAGAGGUCCAAUAGCUUAUGCAGCUGUUGCCGAACUUGGAUGUCAUAUUCUUGAAUUGCCUUAUGCGACAACAACAAAUACAAAUGAAGCAACUGGCGGUAUUGGUUUGUCGAUGAUUAUUGCUUUACCAAGAAAGGGUUUAGAUUUAAUUGAAGCAAUAAACAAAAUUUAUCAAGUUGGAAUGAACAAAAUUUACAAGGAACUUUACACCUCAAAAGUUGAAUAUGAAGAUGACGAAGUUGAAGUUCAUUUGCCAAGAUUUGAAAUAAAUACGUCUCUUGAUGUGAAACAUACUUUGGAAGCAUUUGGUAUUACAGAAAUCUUUGAUCAAAGUCGUGCUGACUUAUCAAACAUCAAUCCACAAUACUUUGUGUCGUCGAUGAUUCAUAAGACAAAAAUUUCUGUUGACGAGAAAGGAACGACAGCAGCUGCAGUCACGACAAGUAUUUUCGCCAACAAAGCAACGCCACCGAAAUUCCAUGCAAACAAACCUUUCUUGUUCUUCAUUGUUGAUAAGGCAACAAGAUUGAUUCUAUUCAGUGGUCAAUAUGUUAAACCUGAGCUCUAUUAAUUAAUAACUACGGGUCUUAUUUUCAACAACUUUAUUUAAUCCUUAGUUAUGUUGUAACUUUCACUUUUGACAAAAAAGUUUCUGUUUAUGAUUUUCGAUUCAAUAAAAUUCUCUUUUUAUUUUCAAAAAAAGCUUUUUCUUUUUUAAUUAAGAUACGGAUCAUAAUCGUUUUCAGCCUUUGAUUUGCUGCUUUCAGCUCCCAUCGCACAAGCUAACAUUGUGUUAAUAUUUUGUUCUUCAUUGGCACUAAAUGCGUAACCAUUUGCUUUGUCUAUAAUUUUAUAUAAUCUUAUAAGACUUUCAAUUCGAUUUGCAUCCAAUGGCUGGAAUGAUACAAGACCAUAAUCUUCGACCAUUGAGACAAUUGCUUCGUUAAGUUUCUUGUAUUUUGACAUUCCUGGAGUGUUGUCAAGAGCAUCGAGAAGAAAUUUAAGAUCGAGAACUUCUGUGUAGAAAUCUAAGUUGAAUAAAAGUUUCGACUCAUGUUGUUUCAGAAGAUCAGCUUUACUUAGAACAUUCACAUGAGAUAAGCCCAUCUGGAGCAUUGUAUUUAGUGACAGAAGAAGAGUUGAAAUAAACUUGUGAGGUUCACUGCAGUAAUGAGAAUCGACAAGAUGAACUGUACAGAGAUGAUAUCCAAGUUGGUCUAAUUUCUCAAAAAUGUUCCGCAUCGACUGAUGAUGAGUAUAAAGUUCAACAUAUUACCUGGACAAUCGAAAAGAAAAUAAUUUGAUGAAGAUUCUUUUAUUUUCGUAAAGAGCCAAUGAAAGUUUGUUUCAAGAAAUUCCAUGCAGUACAUCAAUGCACCAUUUGGUCCAAGAUUUAAGUUUUCCAUUGCAUCUUCAACAGUUAUUAAAUCCAUUAUAUCAAUUUCAGGCUUAUAUUGCAUGUUUUCAUUUGCUGGGUCAAGAUUCACAACAGAAACUUUCCUGUUCAGCUCUUUGUAAAAUUCAUUAAUUCGAUGACAAUAUGUAGACUUUCCGGAGCCAGGAGGACCAAUAACAAGCUGUCCAUAAAGUUGUUUUUGUAUUUUAAGUUUUUUCGGAUCCAUGAUUUGA